GACUGCGAGGUCUCCGGGUGGACUCCCGAGGACUGCACCGCGGAUUGCGGCGGGGGGGUGCAGAACGUGAGCCGCUCCGUGGUGGUGCCCCAGAGCGGUGGCGCGGCCUGCCCGCCGCUGAUGAUGCAGAGGCGCUGCAACGAGCAGCCCUGCCCAAUGGACUGCAAGCUCGACGACUGGGGCGGCUGGAGCGCCUGCAGUGCUGGCUGCGGCGGUGGCAUCACGGAGCGUGUGCGGGGCAUCCAGUCGCAGCCCAAGCACGGGGGCAAGCCUUGCGGGUCUACGUUUGAGAGCAAGAGUUGCAAUGCGGAGGCAUGUGACCCUGAUUGCGUGCUCUCCGAGUGGACAGGGUGGUCAGAGUGCUCCAAGCAGUGCGACGUGGGCUUCAAGGAGAGGGAGCGCACACUGCUGACGCCCGCAGGGGGCCAGGGAGGCUGCCCAGCCGAGGAUUCCCUCGACCGCCUUGAGUACAUGCACUGCAACACGCACGCGUGCGUACCUGCACACGGCGACAGUCUCAGGUGCAUGACGAAGUUGGAUGUGGUGCUGCUCCUUGAUGGCAGCGGCAGCGUCAGCGACGAGGGAUGGAUAGCUACUCUUGAGAUAGGAAAGAUGCUCGCAGAGUCUUUCCUUGUCAGCAAUACCGGCACGCAGGUUGCAGUGCUGUUGUAUCGAAUGGCCCUUUGUCUUGGGCCAGCUACCAAAAGUGCGCCAGUGGCGAAGGAAAUGUGA